AUGAUUCCCUCCCAGCUCUCUGAACCGAUCAUCAUUGUCGGAGGUGGAACCUUUGGCACAACCACAGCCUACCACUUGGCCAAGAAAGGAUACAAGGAUGUUAUUGUCCUUGAUCGGUUCCCUGUGCCGUCAGCAGAAGCAGCUGGUAAUGACAUAAAUAAGGUUGUUCGCACAGAGUAUCCCGAGUAUCUGUACACCAGGCUAGCAUCAGAUUCACGAGACAUAUGGUGCGAUCCAAAUGGCUUGUUUGCUGGACUUUACAACCCCAGUGGUUGGAUCAUUGGGACCAGUGAUCGUUCCCAAGCCUUUGUCGAUGAAUCAAUCAAGAGCGCAAAUGCCAACGGAGUUGAGCCACCACGACUGGUUUCGACCCAAGAGAUUCACCAGCAAUGGCCCGCAAUGAAUGGUGACUUUCAAGGAUGGAAAUCAUAUUGGAGUCCGAAUGCAGCCUGGGUGAAUGCAAGGGAAGCCAUUGUCAGAAUGGCUAAAGAGGCGAUGGCAGCUGGAGUGAAGUAUAUUUCGGGUAGCUCGGGGCACGCGACGCAGCUUCUGUACGAUGAGCAUCAGACAUGUAUCGGGGUGAAAUGUGCUGAUGGCAAGGCAUACUUUGGUGGCAAGAUCUUGCUUGCAGCAGGAGCGGCAGCAGGAAGUCUCUUAGAUCUGCAAGGACAGAUCGUGGCUCACGGUCAUACUGUGGGCCAUAUUCAGUUGACUCCUGACGAGGUUGAGAAAUAUAAAAGCAUGCCUAUCCUGGACCAUUUGGAAGGAGGAAUUCUUUUCCCACCUCAAGAAGACGGCAUCAUGAAGAUUGGUGCGAUUCAUUUCGUCACCAACUAUGCCAAGUCUUUCAACGGAUCUUCUCUUCCACGUUACCGCUCCGACAAUCCUCAGGAUGGCAUACCUGCUGAAAUCGAAGCUCGUCUUCGUAAAUGGAUGGCAGGUUGUGUACCUGAGCUGGCCUCCCGAGAAUGGAUUGAAACUCGGAUUUGCUGGGAUGGUGACAUGCCAGAUUACAAUUUCCUGAUCACACCACAUCCCACCCACAAAAACCUAAAGAUUGCCAUUGGAGGGUCCGCACAUGGAUUCAAAUUCCUCCCGGUGCUAGGGAAGUACAUUGUUGAAAUGAUGGAAGACACACUGAGCCCUGAAAUUGCUCAAAAGUGGAAAUGGAGACCAGGUGUUAAGCUUGGAGACUAUUCAACGAAUCCUCACCAGGAAGUGGCUAGGGAUCUGAAUUAUUUACCCGGCUGGGGUGGCCCAACCAGCUUACUGUAG